AUGACGAAGACGGAUUCGGAGAUGGUGGAAGAUCCGCCGCCGGAGUUGGGAUCAAUUGGCAAGAGGAUGAAGAUCGGGGUUCCAGUCAACCUCCAAAGCGUAGUGCAGGCAGAGGGGCAGAUUGCCAGGAGCCUCGACAUAAUGCGGGGUGAUCUCUACAAUGACAAUGGCAAGGAUAUGAAGACAAUGGAAACGUCGGGUGGGCCUCUGGAUCGUCAGACAGGCGGUAUCCCGCCACGCAAGGAUGAUUCCGAAGAGGAUACGAAGAAGCCCUCGGCCGGGAAGGUGGAAUCGUGCGCUGAGGAGAGACAACCAAAUCUGGACUUGGGGGAGGCAUUUCAGGUAAAUCCCAGCACAACCUCAAUCCUACUGAAAACUCCAAUCAAUGGCAAGAUCAAUUGGAAAUCCAGGAAAAGGAAGUUGCGGCUCGACGAAGCAGAGCCGGCGACCGAUGAGGGUGCGAGGCCAGAGGCGGGGUACUAUAGAUCUAGCUUGGAUUCCAGCCACCAAAAGAUCUCAACGCCAAGGAGGGAGCCGCCGGAACUCGAGAUGAAAAGGGAACGACGGCGCGGAUGA